AAGUGGAUAACGAGCGACAUCCAUAGAGAACACAACACAUCGCCUCGAAGCUCUUCAUUUGCUCCAACAAUGGCGACCUCCAUUUCGCCAUCGUCCCUCUCAUUCUUCACUUCAUCCGUUUUCCUUUCUUCUCCAAGCCACCAAAAUCUCAACCUCUUCUUCAAUUCGAAACCCAAUUCUCUUAAACCCCAAACCAAAACCCUAUCCAUCUCCUCCGAACUUGCUACUCUUCCUGUGCUCUCCUUCACCGGCCAAAAAGUCGGUGAAACCUACCUCGACCUCAAAUCCGCUCCGCCGGAAACCGCCCGCGCCGUCGUUCACCGUGCCAUUAUCACCGAUCAACAAAACAAGCGCCGUGGGACUGCUUCGACUCUCACUCGAGCUGAGGUUAGUGGAGGGGGUAAAAAACCCUACAAGCAGAAGAAAACCGGAAGGGCUCGUCGCGGUUCGAUGCGUACUCCUCUCCGGCCAGGUGGAGGGGUGGUCUUCGGGCCGAAACCUAGAGAUUGGUCGAUUAAGAUCAACAGAAAGGAGAAGAAACUGGCGAUAUCGACGGCGGUGGCUAGUGCGGCGGUUAAUACGAUAGUGGUGGAGGAAUUUGGGGAUAAGUUUGAGAAGCCGAAAACUAAAGAAUUCAUUGCUGCGCUGAAACGUUGGGGAAUUGAUCCGAAGGAGAAAUCGUUGUUCUUAAUGACGGAAGUUUCUGAUAAUGUGCGAUUAUCUAGCCGUAAUAUUGGAACGUUGAAGUUGUUGACGCCGAGGACGCUGAAUUUGUUUGAUAUUUUGGAUUCCGAUAAGUUGGUUUUGACGCCGACGGCGGUAGAUUAUCUGAAUGAGAGAUACGGAAUUAAUUACGAAGAAGGAAUCGAAGAAGGAGAAGAGGAGGAGGAAGAAGAAGAAGGGGUAGAGGCAGGUGAGGAUUCGGAUGCAGCAUAAUGAAUCUGCCAUGUUCAAAUCAUGGUAAAAGCUUUUGGAGUAUGUUAACUUUCAGGCUUUGAACGAAUUUUUUCUCUUUUGUUCUUGUACACACAAAAAGGUAUUUUCUUGUCCUCUUUUCCUCGAUAUCCUAAAGUGUUGUUAGCGGAUGAUCUCUUGAAGAAUAAUCUUUUAUUCUUUUGGAACUUGCAUUCUGUUAUGGUUUCCGUGUACUUUCUUCCCAAGUUAGGAGCUUCCAUUAUUAUUUAACAUCUCCAAUGGCAGUUUAUAACAUGUGGAAAUGUUCAGAGAGAAAGUGAACUAGUUUUUAGAAGAUCAUUUUUUGAA